UUUUCUCUUCAUACACAAUCCAUAUUCACUGAUUCUUUCUUCUGGUUUUUGUAUAUAUGCUGAAGUCAACAGUGAUCUUUGUGUUUUCAACUGCAAAAUAUUACAGGGUUUUGUUGUAUAUGAGGUAAAGUUGGUGAAAAGACUAACUUUUUGGAGAAUUGGGUGUUUAGUUUUUUGAGGUUUUCUUUAUCUGAUUUGUGUUUUUGGGUUGUUUGGUGAAGUGGGUAAGACUAAUUUUAAUGGACAUAUUGUAAAGAUUCUAGCUUUUUGCUGAAUUGGGUAUUUGGGCGUUUCUUGAUCUGGUUUGUUCAUUUGGGUUGUUUGGUGAAGUGGGGUAAGAUUAGUUUUAAUGCCCAUGGUGUAAAGAUUCUAGCUUUUUGCUGAAUUGGGUGUUUGGGUAUUUGGGGGCUGCUUGAUCUGGCUUGUUUAUUUGGGUUGUUUGGUGAAGUGGGGAAGACUAGUUUUAAUGUCCAUAGUGUAAAGAUUCUAGCUUUUUGCUGAAUUGGGUAUUUGAGGUUUUUUUUGAUCUGGUUUGUUUUGUUUUGUUUAAGUGAUUGGUUAAUUGGGUAUGUGAUUGAAUCUUCUUAUCUGGUAUCUUUGUAGAAGAAUUUUCUAUUGGAGUGUAGCUGUCUCUUAGAGCUUAGCUUGAAUUCCUAGUGAAAAUUGGAGUUCUGAACUGUUGAAAGACUUGGUUUUUGGGUUCUGUUCAAUUGUUUAGCUGAAGUCUGAAAGUAUCUGGACUGUGUAGUUAUUUUGAUUGUUGAGUGAGGUAGUUUCCACUUUGAUCCUGUUGGAACUGGAAGAAAAAGUUGACUCUUCACCACGUCGAUUGCGGAGGUUGAUGCUGCCUGAUUAAUGGUUUUCUGAACCAAAGGUUCCUGUUUAUGGAUUUGUGACUCUGACUGGACUUCUUGACUUGACUUGGAAAGGAGGAGGCUUGGCUUGUAUCUUGUUUAUUGUGACUACUAAAAUUUUUGUAAUGGAUCCAGUAUAUAUUGGUUUUACGAAAUGGGGCAAUUAUGACACUUUUUAAUGAAAUGGCUGUAGUUCUGCUGUGUUUACUGUUGCUGUUGCAAUUUCCGCUAAUUUUUGCUUCUCGGCUGCUGGGACAUAAAGAAGCUUGUGGAAUUUACCGAGUUGACUAUUCAGAUGAUCUAAAUCGCCAAGUAUUUUAUGUAAAUGGCAUAUUAGCAGAUAAAGAUUUAUUCUGCAAAGCCCUCAAAUUUGAUCAUGCAGAGCAUUGCGUUAUCCAAAAUGUUGGGUUUCAAUAUUGUGGAUUGGACUUAUUGAUUGAUGAGUUGCAUUUCAAGUCUGGAAGAAAAUUUAUACACAAGGUGGUCAGACAAGGAUCCAACGGACACAAUUUCGAUGAUACAUUACAGAAGGCCACGGAAAAGCAUGCUGAUGAUAUUUCAGUAACCCCGAAAAAUUUGGUCAUGGCAGUACCAGCAUUUUUUAUUCUAUGCUGUGGCUUAAUUUGCCCCUGUUUUCGUUCAAGGAAGAAGGAAACGGACCAAUCCGCUCUUGUGAAGGACCCUAAUUCAAUGGACUCUACGUGCUCUUUGGAGAUGAAUUUUGUUCCUGAAAAAGCACCGGGCAGUCCACUACGAGUACCAGCUAGUCCACUUCGAGUGCCGCCUAGUCCCUCUAGAUUUAGCAUGUCUCCGAAACUCAAUAGAAUUGGCUCCAUUCACCUCAACAUGAAUCAAGCUCUCAAAGCUACCCAAAAUUUCUCUUCAUCCCUAAAAAUUGGAGAGGGAGGGUUUGGAAUGGUCUACAAAGCUCAACUACCAGAUGGCCAAACAGUUGCCAUUAAACGCGCAAAGAAGGAGCAUUUUGAUGCUUUGAGCAAUGAAUUUAGAAGUGAAGUUGAGCUUUUGGCAAAAAUUGAGCACCGUAACUUAGUUAGGCUUCUUGGUUUUGUUGAUAAGGGAAAUGAACGCCUCAUCAUUACGGAAUAUGUAGCUAAUGGUACACUACGUGAACAUCUAGAUGGUGGACGUGGAAAAAUCUUAGAUUUCAAUCAGCGACUUGAAAUUGCAAUUGACAUUGCUCAUGGCCUAACUUACCUCCAUCUAUAUGCUGAAAAGCAAAUUAUCCAUAGAGAUGUGAAGUCAUCAAACAUUCUCCUGACAGAGAGCAUGCGUGCCAAAGUUGCAGAUUUUGGAUUUGCCAGGCUUGGAGGCUCAGACGCCGAUAAAACACACGUUUCGACCCAAGUGAAAGGCACAGUUGGUUACCUUGACCCUGAGUACAUGAAAACAUAUCAGCUCACACCAAAAAGUGAUGUCUACUCAUUUGGGGUAUUGUUAUUAGAAGUCCUAACGGGUCGUCGUCCUGUGGAGCUUAGAAGACCUCCUGAUGAGAGGGUGACACUUAGAUGGGUUUUUAGGAAGUACAACGAAGGUAGCGUAUUGGAGAUGUUGGACCCUCAAAUGAAGGAAUCCGUAAAUGGGGAGAUACUAGUGAAAAUGUUUGGUUUAGCCAUUCAGUGUGCAGCACCUACACGAAAAGAUCGUCCAGAUAUGAAGAUCGUUGGGGAGCAGCUUUGGGCAAUUAGAAUGGAUUAUUUGAGGAACGGAAGGAGACAGUAAUGUACUUUGCAUAUACAGUACUGUCUUCCGGCGAUUGACAGAAAUGACAGCCGGAAAUUCGAGAGCGGUCCAUCUAAGUUUAUUUCUCCUAGAAAAGGAAAAAGAUGCAAAAAUGCGCUCAAUCUUCCACUUCUUGUUUGUAUUUUGUUGUAUAUGUGAGCAGUUAUAAGGUACUUCUUUUCUUGAUGUUGAUUCAUUGAGCUACAAGUGAGUAAUAGGAAAAGACGCCUUUUUGUUUUUUAUGAUAGAUGAAAAAUUCCCGAUUGCCCGUGGCAUGCGGUUUGAAAUAUUGUGGAUAAUUAGCCCGCC